UGUACCAAAAUUAUAACAAUUACAAAUGAAAGACCUUUUUUAUAUGAUUCCCGGAUUUGUUUCCCCAUUUAGAUGUAUAAAUAUUAAUAAGUAAUUACCUUCAUUUGUUCCUAAAUAUAAAAUCUUGUUAUAUAAUUAGAUUUCAAUGAUUCUUCUUCAUAAAGUAAUGAUAAACAGCCCAAUUUUAUGGUCAUUUGGAGAAUGAAUUUGAAAGCAGUGUUACCGCGAAAGUUUUUAUUUUUUAAAUGAGCCUUCCUUUUCCUUCUCAUUUCUUCGAAUUUUAUGACCUCUAUUUCUUAAUUUUUGUUUAUUGAAUUUAUAUAUUAUUAUUAUCAUUUCUUUAAUUAAUUAAUUACGAUCUCUUUUUUUAUUAUUUCUUCAUUGAAGUCAAUUAAGGAAUUACUAAAUGAUUAAUAAUUGUAACUUUAUGAUGAAGAAAUCACAUCUAAUUAAAUCUUUUUCAUGGUUCAUUUUUUUUAUGUUUUUAAUUAACGUAUCUUCCGCCUCAACUAUGUGCUAUGUCAUAGUUCGUGACGUUGCACACGUUGCAUUCGGAAAUUAUUUAUCUUUCACCAUUGGUUUACUGCUAACUUUCUUCUCAAAUCCUCCUGAUGACGAGGAAGGGUUUAUCGCUAAAUUAAAAAGAUUCGUAAUCCGAACUGCAGUAAUACAAUUUAUGGUAUUAUUGGCCCUUAUGACCUACAUGACGAUCAGAUUCUUCUCAUUAAAUGAUAAAAUCGUACCUAGCUUUAUCAAUAUAUGUUCCCUCAUAAUGUAUUCUUUAUGCGGUGUAAUUACUUUAACGCAGGUUAUAACUAAUAGACGUUGGCGUAAUAUUGUCCGAGGCUUUUUCUUUGUUCCGCUUUACGUUAUUCAAAUAAUUUUUCAAAUCUAUUUUAAAAUCAAUUUCUCACCCUCAGGAUAUAUGAUUGUAUUUCAAUGGAUUAGUAUUCUUUCUAUAUUGCUUGCAAUCCCGUUGUUUUUUAUUUGUAUCUUUAUAUUUAUUAUGAAGGAAAAAUUUCAUAAAGGCAGAUUAUUAUACAUAUUUAUAUACCCUUUUAUUUUUCAAAUUUAUUUACAUGUGGGAUAUGUUUGUUUCUUUUUAUAUUGUAAUGAGGGAUAUUUAUCUUCAGUAUUAUUGUUUUUCAGUAGUUUUGCUUUGAGUAAUGUUCUUCGUAGUGCCUAUUACCUAAUUUUUCCAAGAAAGAAAUUUCUUGAUUCAGAUAUCCCAUAAAGUGGGUUAAAUUCCUUACAGUCUAUUAAAAUAUAUAAUUACUAAUAUUCGGGAUUGUAACGUGUGAAAGUGCUAUUGUGCACGAAAUAUUUUUACAUUUGGAUCUUCACCAACUUCAAUGUAGUUUUAAAAUUGAUUACAUAUUUUAUUGAUAAUUAUUUAAAAUAAAGUUCGAAUGUUUUAAUGACGCAUUAUUUCUGCUAUGUACUGCAAGGAAGAUCGGAGGACUGACCCAUCGUAAAAUAUAAAACGGAA